CUGGGCUGGACAUUUGGAGGAUCUCGGAGCAAAGGAAGACUGUCCUCUGUCCCGUGGGGCAGAACCCCACAGGCCCCGGCCUCCAGCCGCUUUCUGAGGGAUGCUGGGCGCCAUGGCAACGGGCAGUCCACAGAGAGACCUGGGCUGUGUCGUUCUGAGCAAACCGGACCGGGCUCGGCUCCUUCCGGGGUUCUGCAGACUGCUUUUUGUCCCCGUGGAGUCAGAAAGCGCCUGGAGGGCUUCGACCCACAUAUCGGGGUUCUGGAACCCCCCCCACUCCCCCCGCCGCCCCACUGGAGCCCGCUCGUCCUCAAUAAAAACAAGUUCUGGUCCCCGAUCGGCCAAUUAAAACUUUGCAAAGUGCGGAGUGGGCGGAGCCUCACACAGAUUAGUCUAAAGCAGAGAACAAACGGGUGGAGAGGGAAGAGCGCAGAGGGAGGCAGAGGCUGCGAAGAGCUCAGGGUUCCUGUGGAAAACAAAGACAAGAAAAGCCGCCUCCAGCUGCAUAAUGAAUGGAUGGCCUUCAUGCAGAUGCUGCUCCUCCGUCCCCUGCAGAUCAAGCCCCAAACCGCCUGUCUUCAGCCCGCUGGAGGCCAGAGGGGUCCCUCCCCGCUGCCUCAGUUAAAAUUAGAAGCCAGCCCCCCCCCCCCCCCGCCCACCCACCCACCCACCCAGCCCCCGACCCGCGGCACCUGA